UGAAUAUAUGUGGAUAAUGUCAAAAAACUUCGUCUGAUUUUUUGUCACAUAUGUAUUAUUGUAUAAUUUAUACACAAUACAUAUAAUCAAUUUUUUUUUAGUAGUCACUAUUGAUGAUGAAAUAAAUUUUAAAAUUAAAAUAUGUGCAUUAAAAAUAUCUAAACAAAAAAAAAUUCAUUUCACGUAGCCAUUGGAAUAAAAAUAAUAAUUUAUCAUUGUCAUAUUUUAAAGUGAUUCAUUAUUUGGAUUAUAACAAAAAUCAUCAUCAUUAUUUUACGAUUGAAUGAAAAACUACUUCAUCAUCGUAUUGAUAAAUUUAAAAUAAUUAAUAAUUAUUAUUUUAAUUAAAAAAAAUAAUAGAUUGUUGUGAUAAGAGAAUAUAAACAAUGAUCAUGACCUUGCAAAAAAAAUAAUAAAAUCAAGGACUAUUGAUUUUUCGAUUUAACGUGACAAGUGUAAUAGUGUUUUUUUAAAUUUUUUAAAUUAUAAUUUUAUUUUUUUGUUUUGUUUUUAAAUAAAAUUAUAGGUAAUGCUUAAGGAUGUAUAGUUUUGAAGGUGAUUUCCGUAGAAAACCACAGCAAAAUUUAGCUGGUGCAAGUCGUAGAGAUGAAAAAUCAGUUUUAUUACAACAUGCACAAUUUGAAAGAAUAAAAAGACAACAACAACGUAAAAAAUAUAAUGCAUCAUUAAAAAUACAUGCACAAACAAGAAGUUAUUUAAUACGUCAAACAGUUAAAAAAAGAUUUCGUAAUGAAUUUGAUAAUGCAAAAUUAGAAUUAAAUAAAAAAAAUAUAUCAAUUGAUUCAUUAGUACCAUAUAUUAAAACAUUAUUAUUUUUUUAUGAUUCAAAUAUUGAUGCAAAUCGUUUAAUAUGGCUACUUGAACAAAUACUAGCAAAUAAACAAAAUUUAUUUAAUAAAUUAAAUAAUGAUGAUUGGUUAUGGCGAUUACGAUGGAUAUUAAAAUUAUGUUUAAAAUUUAUAAAAAAUAUGAUUAAUUCAGAUAAACCAAUAUCAACAGCUAUACCACUUCGAGUACUUGAAACAUUUUUAAUAUCUCAAAAUACAAAUGAUAAUGAUAAUAAUUUAUAUAAAUUAAAAUUACGUGAUAUAUUAUUGUAUCUUAUUAAAAAUUCGUAUUUUGAUGAUUUAAAAAAACUCAUUGAUGCACAUGUACCACCAUUGAUUGAGCCAUGUUCAAUACCAACAUCACCAAGAGUCAAAUGUUAUUUUGAUUUAUUAAAACAACCACUUGUAUUAUCAACAGAAAUAACAACAACAAAUAAUGAUGAAUUUACAACAACUGUUAUUAGUGAAUUUGUUAAAAAAAUAUUAUUACCAAGAAUGACUGAUGCAGUUAAAUAUUUUUUAAUUCCAGCAUUAUCAGAGCUACCAAAAUUUCCAUAUGCUGAAUUAAUAUGUUGUAUAAAUAGACUUGAUAUAACAAUAACAAAAAGUUUAAUGUAUGCUGUAUUAUCACUUGAACCACCAAAUUUUAAUCCAAUAAAUUCAGAUGUAUUGGUUAAUUAUGUACAAGUUUUAGCAACAUUAACAACAACACUAACUCCAUUACCAUCAGAAUCAACAAGUUCAACAUUUAAUGAUGAUGAUGACGAUGAUGAUGCAGAAGAUCAUGAUCAUCAUCAUGAUGAUAGUGUUGGUAGUAAUAAUAAUAAUGAAAAUCAAGCAAAUAGUGAUGUUGAAAUGAUUGAUUCAAGUCAACUGGCUAUAACAACACAGUGUAUUAAUAUGUUGAAUGAAGAUGAACGAGUUAAUAGAAUACUUGGUUCACUUAAUCGUUCAGAUGAUACAGCUGUACUUUUAUCAUUGUGUAAGUUAUGUCAUAAUUUAUUACGUACACAUAAACUUGCUUGUCAUAAGUAUAAACUUUUGUAUAUGUUGGCAUUUAAACCAACAUUUUUACGACGUUUAUGGACAACAUUAAUAACAACAUGUCAAACAUCAAUAUUUGGUGGUACAUCAACACCACUUGUACAAAUAAUGUCACGUGGAAUAGCACCAACAAUUGAAGAUUCGAAAAAUAUUGUAUCAUUACUUGCUGUAUUUUGUUCAUUAUUUAGUCUUUUAAUAGCAACACUUCAUGAUGCUGAAUUUUUUAUUGAAUUUAAAGAUAAUACAAUGAUAGAACAAGUAACAACAAAUAAUAAUGAACGUUCUGCAAUGCCAUUUACAAUGACUGAAUUAAUACCAUUAACAAAUUAUUUAAAAAGUGUUUGUUUAGGUCUUGUUGAAUUAGCAUAUCCUGAUUCACGUCCAACAGUUAGAGAUGAUUAUAAAAAAGCUGUACUUGGUAAAACAAUAAUAGCUGAUGAUGAAGAUAAUAAAAAAAAUACACAAAUGUGGGUACAUUUAUUUAAAGCAACAUCUGGAUUAUUGAGACAAUUACAUACAAGAGAUUUAAGAAGACAAUAUUGUCCAGAUGGACAUUGGAUUAGUUCAAAUAUUCCAAUACCACUUGAUAAACCACAAGAUUUAACAUGGCGUAGAAGAAGAAAUCGUCAAGGACAAUCACCAUUUCAGGGUCUUAGAAAUUUUGUUGAAAAAGAAGAUGGUGAAACAGGACCACCAUUAUCAACAAAAGAAAUAAGAAUGUUAACAUUGCUACGUGAUGUACCAUUUAUUGUACCAUUUAAUGAUCGUGUUAUGGUAUUACAAUCAUUAAUAUAUCGUGAUAAACUUGAACAACAAGGUGAAUUAACACAUUUUAUGCAAGGACCAUCAAUUCAUAUAUCAGUUAGAAGAAAUUAUAUUUAUGAAGAUGCAUUAGAUAAAUUAUCACCAGAAAAUGAACCAGAAUUAAGAUUAAAAAUGCGUGUACAAUUAAUAAAUAAUGCUGGUCUUGAAGAGGCUGGUGUUGAUGGUGGUGGUUUAUUUCGUGAAUUUUUAUCUGAAUUAUUAAAAACAAGUUUUGAUCCAAAUCGUGGAUUUUUUCGUUUAACUAAAGAUAAUAUGUUAUAUCCAAAUCCAACAGUACAUUUAUUAAUUGAUGAUUUUCCAAAACAUUAUUAUUUUAUUGGUAGAAUACUUGGUAAAGCAAUAUAUGAAAAUUUACUUGUUGAAUUACCAUUUGCUGAAUUUUUUUUAUCAAAAAUUGUUGGUAAACAAUCAGAUGUUGAUGUACAUCAUUUAGCAUCACUUGAUCCAGUUAUGUAUAGAAAUUUAUUAUAUUUAAAAAGUUAUAGUGGUGAUGUUAGUGAUCUUGGUUUAGAUUUUACUGUAUUAUCUGAUGAAUUAGGUGAACGUAGAAUUGAUGAAUUAAAACCAAAAGGUUCACAAAUAACAGUUACAAAUGAUAAUCGUAUUGAAUAUAUACAUUUAAUGGCUGAUUAUAAAUUAAAUAAAGAAAUACGUCCUCAGUGUUAUGCAUUUAAACAAGGUAUUGCAAAUGUUAUACCACUUGAAUGGUUACAAAUGUUUAAUAAUAAAGAAAUGCAAGUACUUAUAUCUGGUGCACAAAUACCAGUUGAUGUUGAUGAUUUAAAAAUUCAUACUAAUUAUACUGGUGGUUAUGCACCAGAUCAUCCAACAAUAUUAAUUUUUUGGAAAGUUGUUUGUGAAUUUAGUAAUCAACAAAAAGGACAAUUACUCAAAUUUGUAACAAGCUGUAGUAGACCACCACUUUUGGGCUUCAAGGAACUUGAUCCUCCAUUUUGUAUACAACAUGCUGGUAGCAUUGAUCGUCUACCAACUUCCAGUACCUGUAUGAAUCUAUUGAAACUUCCAGAGUUUCCAGAUGAAUCAACAUUACGUGAAAAAUUAUUGUAUGCCAUUCAAGCAGGUGCUGGAUUUGAACUCAGUUAAUGAGUUUUUAAAUUUGUCAAAUAUUCAUAGAUAUUUUGUUUUUUAAACAUUUUUAAUUCCAUAUACAAUUUAUUUGUAAAUUUUUUUUUUUUUUCCAUUUGUGGUGUAUCAUCAUCAAAUGAUGGUAGAACUGAUUUAUCAAAUUUUUCAUUAAAUACAUGAAAUAAAAUUUUUCAUUAAAUUGAUCAUUUUUAUGGCAAAAUUAUUCAAGAAUUUCGUCGAAAUAUUAUCAUUAUUUUACUUUUGUUUAUUUUUACAAUUAUAUUGAAUUGAAAAUUAUAACAAUCAAGCUCAUUUAUAAUAAUUU